AUGUUUCCUUUCCUCGCCCUGCCGAUAUUUCACCAUCGUCGCUAUCUACUCUCCACCCAUUGCCCUUUUCUCUUUCUACUCAUUACUCGUCAAUCGCUAUCUACUCUCCACCCAUUGCCCUUUUCUCUUUCUACUCAUUACUCGUCAGUCGCUAUCUACUCUCCACCCAUUGCCCUUUUCUCUUUCUACUCAUUACUCGUCAAUCGCUAUCUACUCUCCACCCAUUGCCCUUUUCUCUUUCUACUCAUUACUCGUCAAUCGCUAUCUACUCUCCACCCAUUGCCCUUUUCUUUUCUACUCAUUACUCGUCAAUCGCUAUCUACUCUCCACCCAUUGCCCUUUUCUCUUUCUACUCAUUACUCGUCAAUCGCUAUCUACUCUCCACCCAUUGCCCUUUUCUCUUUCUACUCAUUACUCGUCAAUCGCUAUCUACUCUCCACCCAUUGCCCUUUUCUCUUUCUACUCAUUACUCGUCAAUCGCUAUCUACUCUCCACCCAUUGCCCUUUUUCUUUCUACUCAUUACUCGUCAAUCGCUAUCUACUCUCCACCCAUUGCCCUUUUCUCUUUCUACUCAUUACUCGUCAAUCGCUAUCUACUCUCCACCCAUUGCCCUUUUCUCUUUCUACUCAUUACUCGUCAAUCGCUAUCUACUCUCCACCCAUUGCCUUUUCUCUUUCUUUCUCGUCAAUCGCUAUCUACUCCACCCAUUGCCCUUUCUCUUUCAAUCGUCAAUCGCUAUCUACUCUCCACCCAUUGCCUUUUCUCUUUCUACUCAUUACUCGUCAAUCGCUAUCUACUCUCCACCCAUUGCCCUUUUCUCUUUCUCUCAUUAUUCGUCAAUCGCUAUCUACUCUCCACCCAUUGCCCUUUUCUCUUUCUACUCAUUACUCGUCAAUCGCUAUCUACUCUCCACCCAUUGCCCUUUUCUCUUUCUACUCAUUACUCGUCAAUCGCUAUCUACUCUCCACCCAUUGCCCUUUUCUCUUUCUACUCAUUACUCGUCAAUCGCUAUCUACUCUCCACCCAUUGCCCUUUUCUCUUUCUACUCAUUACUCGUCAAUCGCUAUCUACUCUCCACCCAUUGCCCUUUUCUCUUUCUACUCAUUAUUCGUCAAUCGCUAUCUACUCUCCACCCAUUGCCCUUUUCUCUUUCUACUCAUUACUCGUCAAUCGCUAUCUACUCUCCACCCAUUGCCCUUUUCUCUUUCUACUCAUUAUUCGUCAAUCGCUAUCUACUCUCCACCCAUUGCCCUUUUCUUUUCUACUCAUUACUCGUCAAUCGCUAUCUCCACCCAUCCCUUUUCAAUUUCCAUUACCGUCAUCGCUAUCUACCCUUUUCUCUUUCUACUCAUUACUCGUCAAUCGCUAUCUACUCUCCACCCAUUGCCUUUUCUCUUUCUACUCAUUAUUCGUCAAUCGCUAUCUACUCUCCACCCAUUGCCCUUUUCUUUUUCUACUCAUUACUCGUCAAUCGCUAUCUACUCUCCACCCAUUGCCCUUUUCUCUUUCUACUCAUUACUCGUCAAUCGCUAUCUACUCUCCACCCAUUGCCCUUUUCUCUUUCUACUCAUUACUCGUCAAUCGCUAUCAACACUCCUCACUACUCUUUUCACUUUCUACUCAUUACUAGUCAAUCGCUAUUUACUACUCUCAUCUUUUUUCUUUCUACUCAUUAUUCGUCAAUUGCUAUCUACUCACCUCGUUAUUGCACUUUUCUACUCAUUACGCGUUCAUUGGUAUCUAAUCUCCUCCUCAUUGCUUUUUUCGCUUUCUACUCUUUACUAGUCAGUCGCAAUCUACUCACCUCAUUCAUUGGUUCUUUUUCUUUCUAG